AUGGGAUCUAUCGGUUACAAGGUAUCGGAUAGCCAAUAUGCUCAUCCAUUGAUAUCAGAAAGAGCAAUUGACGAGCCGAGACCACUCAAAGUCAUUUACGUUGGUGCUGGUGUCUCUGGAAUUUGUGCUGCCAUUCAGUUCCCUCGCUUCUUGCCGAGUGUGGAGCUUGCAAUCUACGAGAAGAAUCCAGAUGUGGGAGGUACUUGGUUUGAGAAUAGGUAUCCCGGGUGCGCCUGUGAUAUCCCCGCUCAUUCAUAUCAACUGAGCUUCGAGUCAGACCUCCACUGGAGUAAGUUCUACGCCGACGCGCCAGAAAUCCUCCAAUACUGGAAACGAGUUGCCGACAAGUACGACGUCAAGAAAUAUAUGAAAUUCAGCCACAAGUGUAUAGAAGCACGAUGGAACGAGGAAACCUCGAAAUGGCACGUCAAGUUCCGAAACUUAGAUAGCGACGAGGUCGUGGAGGACAUAGGCGACGUCUUCAUGACCGGCAUUGGGGCACUGAACGAAUGGAAGUGGCCAGACAUCAAAGGCCUCCACGACUUCAAGGGGAAACUGCUCCAUAGUGCCAACUGGGAUUCUGACUACGACAUCUCAGGCAAAGAGAUUGCAGUUAUUGGCGCUGGGAGCAGCGGUAUUCAGAUCGUUGCCAACUUGCAGCCCAAAGUCAAAUCCAUGGACCAUUAUGUGCGUGGCCGGACGUGGAUUGCGGCGACGUUUGGUAACGAACUCGUUCGAGAGCGAAACGAUGGACAGGACGGAAACUUCAAUUACACGCAGGAGGAAAUACAGGCUUGGGAGAAGGACCCCGAAUCUUACGUCAAAUAUCGCAAGGCACUUGAAAUCGGCAUGCAAGGCUGCUUUGCUCUAACACACCGAGGGACGAAAGAGCAUGAAGGCGCGUGGUCAGCAUUCGACCAAGAUAUGAGGGGCCGAUUGCAGAAGAAACCAGAGAUUGCCGAGCAUCUCAUCCCAGAAUUCCCACCUCUCUGCAAGCGGUUGACUCCUGGUCCUGGAUAUCUUGAAGCCUUGGUCGCCGACAACGUCACCGUCAUUCCGACGAAGAUCUCACACAUUGAUGAGACCGGUAUCGUAGCUGCCGAUGGGAAACAUCGACCGGUCGAAGCGAUUGUCUGUGCCACCGGUUUCGACACGUCGUUUCAGGGCCGGUUCCCCAUCUAUGGACGUGGCGGAGUCAACCUCCAAGAUCGCUACCGACAACGGCCAGAGACGUACCUCAGUGUAUGCACCGACCAGUUUCCAAACUUCUUCCAGUCACUUGGUCCGAAUGCUGGCCUUGGUAACGGCAAUCUCUUGAUCAUCAUCGAAGCAAUUUCGACUUAUGUGGCGCAAAUUCUCCAGAGGCUUGGUCAAGGCAACACCAAGACCAUCGAGCCCAAGAGGAAAGCCGUCGAGAACUUUACGAAUUACUGUGAUGCCUUCUUCCAGCGGACAGUCUUCUCGGCUGAAUGCGGCAGUUGGUAUAAGUCAUCGCCUCCAAACGCCACCCCGGAAGAGCGAAAGCGAGGCCGAGUGACCGCCCUGUGGCCAGGAAGCAGCAUCCAUGCCGUCAGGGCGCUCGAGAAGGUGCGGUUCGACGACUUUGAAAUGACCCCGGCCGAUGGCAAUGAGUUUGGAUGGUUCGGCGACGGAUGGGCCUCGGCAGAGAGAACCGGCGACGUGGAGGGUUUGACCUGGUAUCUGAACAACACUCGCUUCACGCAUGAGCCUUUGGAAAAGGGGGAGAAGUUGCUCGUGACCGAGGACAAGAUCGUGACCAAUGGGGAUGCAGACGACGGCGUCAAGAAGGGCGAAACCGCAAAGGAGUUUCGAGUGCCCGACGGGAUUGUUGCGACGUAA